AUGAGAGAGAGAGAGAGAGUGUGUGAGGUUUGCGAUCGGCUGAGGAGGCUCGAAAGAGGAGCGGCUUGCUCAAACUGCUGGGGUCCCCGUCCGGACUCCGGGGCCCCCGAUCAGCCGACCACUCAGCGACGUCCCACUCCCCGAGGCCGACCGCUCAAGCCCCGGUGGGCCCGGCCAGGUGAUCCCGACAUUCAAAUUCUGGAUGUACAACCACUCUCUGCCUUCCAUCGUGUCCGUCAACCGGCACAAGCAAGAGGGCUGGAAGCAAUGACUUCCACCACACCUAGUGAUUAUGAACCAGAAUCGAACCGUUCCGCCGAUACCAACGCGUCCAAAGCAAUCAAGAACGAGGAACCAGAAACAAAGCUCCCGGCCGUGAGCCACGAACUAGAAACCAAGCCGUCCGCCGAGACAAACGAAGGAGAACUGAAUGCUUCCGCCGAGGAAAACGGAGAGCCGCCUGCCAAGAAAAAACGCAACAUGACCGAGUAGGCAAUUUUACAAAUAAUCUCAUUGUGGAAUGUUGAUUACGACUUCUCCCUGAAUGGCACGACCUACGUUGAUU